CUGUUUCCUCAAAUGUCCGCAUUAUAGUCCGUUAGUGGCUGUGACAGGUUACCUCAGGGUGGCUUGAACAGCAUACAUUUAUUGCUACAGUCGGGGAGGCUGGGAAGUCCAAGAUUCAGGUGCUAGCAGGUCCAUGUCUAGGGAGGACCCCCUCCUGGUUCAGUCUUCUUGUCGCCUUCACGUGGCGGAGAGCAGACAGAGAGCAAGAAGGCUGUCACGUGUCUCUUCUUCUGAGAACACUAAUCCCACACGAGGGGAGGCCCCACCUAUAAAUGCCACCACCUUGGGAUUAGGCUUUAGCGUCUUUCAGGGAGACACAGACACUCAGCCUACAGUGGUCUAGAGAUUUUUGUUUGGAUGCCUGACAUGAACUUCACAUGGUCGAAGGCUGCAUUUUGUCGCAUGUUUUUGUUCUGGAAUGUAGUUAUAUUACUGGAAUCACAUGGAUCACAUCCGAGACUUUCUUUUGUCAUGGCAGGAUCAGAGCAGCGUUUAAGGUAGGUUCAUUUGAGCGGCAUUCCUCCUAACACGGUAUUGUUCUGAGGAUGCUGUCCCAUGAUCUGGGACUGAGAAGGUGCCGCUACUCUUCCUGCGGGAGGGAACCGUUCCUAGCCCGCGAGGAUUCCGAGGAUUUGUCUGUCUCUCCUUUCUGGGAUCAGUCUUGCCUUGCUUCCUCUCAAGGACACGUCUCUGCCGCUGUCCUUAUUUUUCUGUGUGUGGCUCCCUCCUCCCCCAUAUUUUGUCUUGCAAAGCAUAGCUGCCUUGGCCUCCCAGGACUCCGAUCCCUGUGUCCUCGGUGGGGUGGCCAUGCCCGGGUCAGGUAGCCCCCACGCCCUGCACUUGGAAACUGCUUCUGUGUAAGUUGGGGCUUCACAGAGCUCGGGGCCAUAGCACUCUCUGCCUGCUCUCUUCUCGUCAGGGACCAUAACCCUGUGACACCAAUGUCUGAAAACUGUUAUUGGACAUACUUUACAGGGUUUUCUGGUUGUUGAAUGCCGUAGGGUGCAUUCGGUUUCUGUUAAUCCCUCCUGGCUGGAACCGUUAAUCUUGUAGUCGUGUUUGAUUGAUAUGGUUCCCCUGAUGAUCUGAUUGCUAUAUCCACCCUCUCCUAUUCUUUCACACACAAAGGCUUUACUUUCUGGUUCUUCUGCACGCCCUAAAGCCCCGAGAAUGUAUGCUGGAGGUGACUGCAGAUGCGCACAGGUGACCCACGCCUCCCCCUAGUGGCACAUCCAGGGCAGUGGCUGGGAGGCAGCAAAGACUCCCCAAGUGACAGCUCCAGGCAUCAGGGAAGGAACGGGCUGGGGGCCGCCCCGUCCCUGACUGUGGAAGCAGCACGAUGAGAAUCCAGCGAUAUGACAAGCAGGCUCAGAAAAUCCUUCAGGGCGCGGGCGAGCUUUGCGUUAUCCUGACUUCCUCCAGAAUGUCAGACUCACUUCUCUACUGUCUCCGCUGGUGAGCCGGAGGGGCUGGACGCCCACCCCCUUCCGUACCAGGCCCGUAUUUUCCGCCGAAAACAAGAGCGCGAUGAACGGGGAACCGAUGAACAUCAGCGACGUCUUCGGUCUGAGUGAGGAUUACUUUGGGUCGGGUAAUAAUAGCUCGGAUUACUCACUCGAUGACAACACGUUACUGUGCUCCCUGCAGGAGGUCAGAACGUUCUCUGGGCUGUUUGUGCCCAUCGCUUACUCCCUCAUCUGCGUCUUUGGCCUCCUGGGCAAUGUUUUGGUGGUGGUCACCUUUGCCUUCUACAAGAAAGCCAAGUCUAUGACAGACGUGUACCUCUUGAACAUGGCCAUCGCCGACAUACUCUUUGUCCUCACCCUCCCGUUCUGGGCCGUCGGCCACGCCACCGGCGAGUGGAUCUUCAGCAACGCCGCGUGCAAGCUGAUGAAGGGCAUCUACGCCGUCAACUUCAACUGUGGGAUGCUACUCCUGACCUGCGUCAGCAUGGACCGCUACAUUGCCAUCGUCCAGGCCACCAGGUCCUUCAGGCUGCGGUCCAGGACGCUGGCGCACCGCAGGGCCAUCUGCUUCGUGGUCUGGGUGGCUUCCGUCCUCAUCUCCGGCUGGACCUUCACGUUCAACCAGAAGUACGACGUGCACGGCAGCUACGUGUGCGAGCCCCGGUACCAGGCGGUCUCGGACCCCAUCAGGUGGAAGCUGCUGAUGCUGGGACUCCAGCUCCUCUUCGGCUUCUUCAUCCCGCUGGUGUUUAUGAUCUUUUGCUACGUGUUCAUCGUCAAAACGCUGGUGCAGGCUCAGAACUCCAAGCGGCACAAGGCCAUCCGCGUGAUCAUCGCGGUGGUGCUGGUGUUCCUGGCUUGCCAGAUCCCCCACAACAUGGUGCUCCUGGUGACGGCCGCGCAGCUGGGCAGGAUGGACCGCUCCUGCCAGGGCGCCAGGCUGCUGGGCUACAGCCAGAACGUCACCGAGGUCCUGGCCUUCCUGCACUGCUGUCUCAACCCCGUGCUCUACGCCUUCAUCGGCCAGAAGUUUCGGAGCUACUUCCUGAAGAUCGUGAAGGACCUGUGGUGUGUGCGGAGGAAGCAGAAGGCGUCGGGCUUCUCCUGCUCCAGGCCGCACUCGGAGGCCUUCACCUCCAGGCAGAACAGCGAGACCGCGGACAACGACAACGCGUCGUCCUUCACCAUGUGACCGGCCCGGGGCCGCGGCCCCCCCCCCCCCCCCCCGGCGGCUCGGGGAACGUGCGCUUGGACCGGGACCCCGCCCCCCCGUGGGACCGGCCGCGGGGGUCUCGUCCUGACGGGGCUGCCGGGGCCCCCACGUGGCGUGUCCCCACUUUUCUUCCCCGCAGCCCCGAGCCCCCCCGGGGCUCCCCACGGCUGGCGUUCCCCAAAGCAGAGAGGACUCUUGGCAGACGUGGACGUUUUCGGAAGCAGGCGCGGAACCGCCCCUAGAGCACGGUGUCUCCUGGUCACUUCACACACGUGCAGGGUUCGCGAGACGGAAGCAGAGAACGUCACACGAGAGCCUCACACGAGGCAGACGCCGAAACGCGUUCCCCGGGCUGGAGAAGCGGCCUGGGGGACGGGAGAGAGCGGGUCGCAACGCGCCGUCGGGAGAGCAGACGUUUGCUUUAUUUCCCUGGGAAAACAGUCACUGCAGAUACAAUUCUCCUCCAAAAAUCUGUUCGACAGAGUUCCACGAAGACGCAUGCCAUCGGCACACUUUCAGCACUCGGAGGGGCUUAAUAAACACUUGUUACACAAAGCGUAGUGAAAUUGGGGGUUGGAGUACAGUCGGGAGUGUUAGGUGUUUACAUCUGAGUUUUAGAACGGAGCAAGGAAGCUUCCUGAGACAGUACACAGACAGCUUUUGCUGCGCAUCCACAGCGGGUCAGAAGCGGCACACACACGGGGGGAUGUGGGUAGGAAGCGCUUCACGCUGGUGGCGAACAGGGAGGGAGGGAGGGAGAGAGAGAGAG